ACCUGACAGAACGUAAUGCAUGUCAUAACAUGAAGGCAGCUAUAAAAGUAUGUCUCUCUGACGGAGCCCUGCAUUACCCAACAGUUAAAUCUACCUUCGACCCUUAUCACACCAACGUGGAAGCAGGAUGAAACUGUUGCUGGUUGCUGCUGCUGCUCUGGCCGUGGCCAGCUGCGCCAGCAUUUCUCUGGAAGACCUGGAGUUUCACGCCUGGAAACUCAAGUUUGGAAGGUCCUACAACUCUCCGGCAGAGGAGGCUCAACGCAGGGAAAUCUGGCUCAGCAACCGCAAACUGGUGCUGGUGCACAACAUCCUGGCAGAUCAGGGCAUCAAGUCCUAUCGCCUGGGCAUGACCUUCUUUGCUGACAUGGAAAAUGAAGAGUACAAAAGACUGAUUUCCCAGGGCUGCUUGGGCACCUUCAAUGCGUCUCUGCCUCGCCGGGGCUCCGCUUUCUUUCGGCUGCCGAAAGGAGCAGAUCUGCCCAAGUCUGUUGACUGGAGGGACAAGGGAUACGUCACUGAUGUCAAGGAUCAGAAACAGUGUGGCUCCUGCUGGGCCUUCAGUGCAACUGGCUCACUAGAGGGUCAGACCUUCAGGAAGACAGGGAAGCUGGUGUCUCUGAGCGAGCAGCAGCUGGUCGACUGCUCCGGCGAAUACGGCAACAUGGGCUGCAAUGGAGGCCUGAUGGACUACGCAUUCAAGUACAUCCAAGACAACGGAGGGAUAGACACAGAGGACUCAUACCCUUAUGAAGCGGAGGAUGGUCAGUGUCGUUACAAUCCCGCCAAUAGCGGGGCCACGUGCACAGGCUACGUUGAUGUGACACAGGGCGACGAGGAUGCACUAAAGGAGGCCGUGGCCACCAUUGGACCCGUGUCUGUCGCCAUCGACGCUUCUCCGCCGUCCUUCCAGCUGUACGAAUCAGGAGUGUAUGAUGAGCCAGAGUGCAGCAGCUCAGAGCUGGACCACGGUGUUCUGGCUGUGGGUUACGGGAGUGACAACGGACGUGACUACUGGCUGAUAAAGAACAGCUGGGGUCUUCAGUGGGGAGACAAGGGAUAUAUCAUGAUGACCAGGAACAAGCACAACCAGUGUGGCAUCGCCACUGCGUCGAGCUACCCGCUGGUGUGAGCAGGUCCAGGACUUGUCUCAGUAAGGAGGAGAAAAGGGAAUUUUCGUUAAUUGCAUAACAAAAUUAGUUUAUUUUAUUAGUAGGAAUUUUUUGCUGUAUCUGCAAUUGUUUUUGUUUUAUUAAGACUAUAAUUAAAUGUAGAUAUGUUUUACAAUGAGAAUUGCAAAAAUAUAUAAAUCAACAUGUAGGUGUUUAUGAUUUUGUGGCUUUUCAUUGUGCACAAAGUUGUUGUUAUAAAUUGUUGCUCGAGAGAAGUUCACAGUCUUGAGAUAAAAGCUGUGCUGAGCUUCAGACUUUAAAAAUACCUUUGGGUAAAUGAAAAUCUCCUCUUCAGUCUCCUCUUUGAACCUUUUGCUCAAUCGGAUAGCAUUUCCUUGCGGUA